AUGAUUGGUGAAGAGACUUUAUUAACUGGAGGUUUCCAAACCUAUGAUUCGAUAGAUUCAAUUGACCAGAACAAAGAGUUUACCUACUUUACAGAACUAAAACUUCUCCUUCGAGGAUCUGCGCCAUUAGUAAUUACAUUUGUCCUUCAAUACUUUACUUCAAUAACUUCCACAAUAUCUGCAGGAAAACUCGGUGCCACAGAACUUGCUGCGUAUUCUUUGGGUAUUUCCACCUUCAACGUUGCAGGUUUGGCCAUAUUCCAAGGUAUAGUUACAAGUUUAGAUACACUAUGCUCCCAAGCCUAUGGAUCUGGCAACUUACAUGGGGUGGGGUUGUACUUUCAAAGAUGUUCGUUAAUACUAUUGGUGCUGAUGAUCCCGUUGGCAGCUUUUUGGUGGAAUUCGGGGUUAUUGUUAGGAUAUUUCAUUGAUGAUCAUACUUUGGUGAAUAUGUCACAAACUUUUCUUAGAUGGCAUAUCAUUGGAGUUCCAGGACUCAUCUUUUUCGAAUCUGGAAAGCGCUUUUUGCAAGCACAACAUAUAUUUCACGCUGGCACAUAUGUUUUGGGAAUCAUGGUACCUGUAAACUUAAUUCUAAAUUGGACUUUGGUCUGGAAUAAAAGUACCAGCUUGGGCUUCAUUGGGAUACCCAUUGUAAUUGCAAUAACUUAUUGGAGCAUGUCGUUGUUACUACUCGCGUAUGUGGUUUACAUCAACGGAAUGGAAUGCUGGGGUGGCCUAAGCAAACAAGCAUUGGGCAACUGGCAGGCUGUGCUCAAACUAGCAAUACCAGGUGUUUUCAUGGUGAUUGCAGAGUUUAUUGCAUUCGAGAUCCAGAUCUUUUUGGCAGCAAAGUUUGGAACCGAAGCCAUUGCAGCGCAGUCAAUUGUAUCUAACUUGGCUGCUUUCUUAUUUCAAAUACCAUUUGCAUACUCUGUGGUUAUAAGUACAAGAGUGGGACAUUAUAUCGGAUUAGGGAAUAUAAAAGGAGCAAAGACCGAUUGUAAAGUGUUUUUCACUUCCGCUCCGUUUAUUGGACUCUUCAAUUUUUCCGUUUUCUAUUUUGGCAGAUUCGCUUUGACGAGGAUUUUUACUAGUGAUGAGCUGAUAGUGUGUAUUGCCACUUGGUUGAAUAUUUUGGCAGGCAUUAAUCAAAUUGCGGAUGCAUUUAAUGUAUUAGGGGCGGGCGUCUUGAGAGGACAAGGUCGACAAAAGAUAGGGUCUGUUUUGAACUCAAUAGCAUUUUAUGGAAUAGCAAUUCCUUUGGGAUAUACAUUGGCCUUCAAAUUGGACCUCGGGUUGUAUGGUCUUUGGUAUGGGUUGGUUUUAGGUGUUGUAUUUUUAGCAGCGGGAGAGUGUAUUGCCAUUUAUACUAGUGACUGGGGUGCCAUUAUCGCUGUAUCGCAGAAGUUGCAUGGUGGAGUUUAA